CCUCACAACUUAAUGCACUUUCGAUUGGUGACGAAGCGUUUUCUUUUUGCUAAAUUUUUUCAAGAAAAAUUGUGUGUGUGCGUACAGUGUCAGUGCGUAUAAAUUAAUUCCAAAAAAGAAAAGCGCAUUAAAAAAGUAUCUCUUGAAUAUGGCUUCAAUCGCAGCUCAACCAAGUGUCACCGACUACUUGUCUAAAAAACAAAAAGAAGCCCCCAAGGAUUUGGCCACAGAAUGGGCUGAAAUAGAAGAACUUCACAAUAAAAAGCUUUGGCAUCAGCUAACUCUCAAGUUAUUAGGCUUUGUGAAGCACCCUUCACUUCAAAAGGGCGAUAGUUUAAUUCAGCUUUACAACAGUUUUAUUUCGUCUUUUGAGAAUAAAAUAAAUCCUUUGUCUCUUGUGGAAAUAGUGGUUGUUGUUAUUGAUCAGUUCUCAAAUAAGAAAGAUGCCAUAGCAUUUUUAGAAAAAAUAGAAACCAAAGUCAAAUCAAACACUGAUGCUUUAAAUCUUACUAAAGUAUUGGAAGGGCAGAUAUAUUUGGAAAAAUUAAAUGAUUUAGAAUCUACUAAGAAGAUUAUUGAAGAUGUGGAGGGAACCCUUGACAGUGUUGAUGGAGUAACCCCUGUUCAUGGAAGGUUCUAUUUAUUAGCAUCUCAUUACUACAGAAUACAAGGGGAUCAUGCCCAGUAUUAUAGAACGGCACUUAGAUAUUUAGGAUGCACUGAUUUGGACAAUUUAUCUGAGGACACCAAGCAUCAGCAGGCCUUUUUUUUGGGACUGGCUGCCCUAUUAGGGGAAGGUGUGUAUAACUUGGGUGAAUUACUGACCCAUCCAGUUUUAGAAAGCUUAAAAGAAACAGAGAAUGCCUGGCUUGUUGAAUUACUUUAUGCAUUUAAUGCUGGUGACAUCAACAAGUUUGAAAACAUGAAACCGCAGUGGUCAACAGUCGCUGAUUUAGCAGCACAAGAACUUUUCCUGAGACAAAAGAUUUCUCUACUCUGCUUGAUGGAGAUGACAUUCAAAAGACCUUCGCAUGAUAGGCAGCUUACAUUCGUGGAGAUCUCGCGAGAGACGAAAUUACCUUUGAACGAGAUCGAACUUCUCGUUAUGAAAGCGUUGUCUCAAGGACUUGUAAAAGGCGCUAUAGAUCAAGUUGCCGGCACAGUCAACAUGACCUGGGUGCAACCGCGAGUGUUGGACAGGAAUCAAAUUUCGAACAUGGUUCAAAAAUUGGAUGUUUGGUGCAAACAUGUCAACACAAUGGAAAAAUUACUUGAAGAGAAAGCCUCUGAAAUACUUACUUUGUAACUACUUUUUUGUAUUCACGUUUUUUACGUUCCGUUUGUAACAGUUAUAUUCGUCUUUAUUUAAUAAAACGUGUAAAAUU